UGAUAGGCAUCCGGUUUUGGAGGGUUUCUUGGUCGUCAAAUUCCAGCCACACAGCCUUGAACGAAGUCAUAUAAUCCUGUGGGUAGACCUUUUUGCUCUGCAGUGCAAUUGAGCAGUCUGCUGCUGACUAUAUUGCAAACUUUUCCUCUUGUGUUCUCAGCCGAACUUUCUUCAAUGGCAACCAUGACACGACCAAGCGAGAACCUAUCCCGACCUAAUGGGCACCAUAAACAUGACUAUGAAGUGAUCACACAAGAAGGAGGCACAUUUAUGGCCAGAUCAGCAGAUAAUCCACAUCUGUUGCGGAUUUGGGAAUAUGCACAGGGAUGGAUAUGGGUCAAUGAUAAUAUGAACCCUUUUACCCAGCAUGGAAUCAGGCGGGAUCACGAAGAUGAGAUUGAGUCAAAAGGACAAUUAUAUGAAGAGAUCAGGAAAAACCUUCGACGCGAUGUAGAGGCUGGUGCGAAACAGGUCAGAGAGUUUCGAAGCCCUAGCAAAGUGGAAAGUUCUCGAGCUCCCAAAGCGCAAUUACGCCGGGCAGGCCGUACAUGCGUCCGUGCGAAGUUCGAAAUUCCUCUUCAGCCCAAAGUCGUUGACGACAGCCCUCCGCCACGAUACAAUCGAUACAACAAGCCUGAGCUUAAGAUGUCGUCCUGA